AUUUUUCUUUUCCUCAUUUUCAGAUUCCCAAUUCGUUUUCCCGCCACCGCCGCUUAUCACCUUCCCGCCAAUCCCGACGGCCGACGGCGCAGACCCUCGUCGGCUACAGCGGCGCUCCCUCUCUCUUCACUUCGGUUCGCCCGCUUUUCUCCGUCGUCUCUGCCACCGCCGUCGCUCGCUUCUCGCCGCGAGAAUCCCUAGAUCCGCCCUCCCAUGGCGGUCCAGUCCGAGCCCGACUACUCCCUCUUCACCGCCCAAGAGAUCGAGUUCGUCGCGGAGGAUGAGUUGAUCGAGAUCGUGCCCAACAUGCGGAUGGAUCCGCUCAACCUGAUCUGCGGCGAUUUCGGUCCGUUUCUCCCGCAAAUAGCCGCUCAAGUGCCUCUGUGGCUAGCUGUGGCUCUGAAGAAGCGAGGCAAGUGCACGAUUCGGCCUCCUGAAUGGAUGUCUGUGGAAAAACUGACCCAUGUUCUGGAAGCUGAACGAGAUUCUGAAAGAGAAUUUCAGUCUUUACCAUUCCAUUAUGUGGAAAUUUCAAGACUUCUUUUUGACCAUGCACGGGAUGACAUUCCUGACGGGUAUAUGGUGAGGUCUCUCACUGAGGAUAUAAGGGACGUGAGAUUUCAUAAAGUUCAAAGCAGCCUGGAGUCAUUUGAUGGUCGAACAUCUGCAGUACAAAUAAAAUCCUUAUCGGCUAUGGAGGUGAAUAUAGUUCGUCCCUUUGUCGCAAGAGCCCUACAGUCGUUCCAGAAGCUUGAUAGUCUGCUGCCAGAUACAGAUUCAAUGCCAAAUAAUCAACCACAACAAGCAGAUAAAGCCGCAAAAGGACGACGUGUGCUGCGGGGAAGGUGAAGGUUGUCGCCAGUCAUCCUCAUCAUGUUGUGUUGUGGAAAUGUUGCUCAACCGUGCAAGCAGGUCAGGAACUCGUUUUCUCUUUAGAGGGUCUGGAUUUUUGUUGUGGACUUUGCCUUUUGAGUGAGCUUGGUUAAGUUAUUUAACUUCACAGCAUGUGAAAUGGAAGACAAGGAUAUGCACAUUUACAUAGUUGUAAAUAUCUGGCUUAAUGACACAUCCUCUAUGCUUUUGAGUACGUUGAAGAAUAUGUAGCAGAUUGAGUAUAA